AUGCGCUCGAAAAUAUUUGAUAAUGCCGAACUCGAACGACUACGACGUGAGGCUAUUCCGUCAUCGAAUGAAUCGGCUAUGGCUGGGGUUGCAGCUCCACAUGCGACAGACCAGCAUCCACACGUGGAAGCCGCCAUGGAUCUUCCAGUUGUGGUUGAUUCGAACGACGAUGAAAUAGUCUCCCACGAACUAGAGCAAAUGAGGAGCAGAUUUUGGAAACACGCAGCAUCCCUCUCGAAAAUCGACCGCGACUUCCCCGCUUACCCCUAA